AUGGUGCCAGGCAAUCUGCCACUUGGGUGCAGUGCAGUUUAUCUAACAUUUUUUGGGACAAGUGAUAAAUCAGCUUAUGAUCAAAAUGGUUGUCUUAAGGCAUACAAUUCUUUCUCAAAGUACCAUAAUUCUCAGCUCAAACUUGCACUGGAGGGUUUGAGACAUAAAUACCCUCAUGCAAGAAUCAGUUAUGCCGACUACUAUGCCGCUUCUAAGAGAUUCGUCCGCGCUCCCCAACAUUAUGGAUUUUCAAGUGAGACAAUAUUAAGGGCCUGUUGUGGUGGAGGCGGGCCAUACAAUUUCAACAACUCAGCUAGAUGUGGGCAUGUUGGGUCUAAGGCCUGCUCAGAUCCAAAAACUUUUGCCAAUUGGGACGGUAUCCAUUUAACGGAGGCCGCCUACCGAUACAUGGCAAUGGGCUUGCUUAAUGGGCCCUAUAUUUAUCCACCACUCACUUUCGCCCCUAUUAAUUCCUUAUAA